UUGGUAAAGUGAUAGACUUUUAUUAAUGAAUAAAAUAAAUAUAAGCACAAUUCUUUUUUAUUGUUCAAAAUGGUAUUUUUUUCGUAGUCUUCAUACCACACUCCAAAAAUUGGUUUCAGUUCAUUCGAUGUUUGUAUCAGUUCCUUUUACAUUGUUUUACGGACGAGCUGUAUUUGUAAUUUAGGCAACCAAUAUUCCACUUCGUUUCAAAAAUCCCGCCUAAUCAAAACGGUUGGGUAAGGACACGUUGUUCCAAUAUUUGACGAGCUGUCUCUACUGUAUGGUAUACUGUGAUCUUGCUACCCAUUUGGUAAUUUCAAUGAGGUACUGUUGGUAGCACUACAUGUUACCAGUCGUCAUCUGUCACAACAUUUCAAAAUCCUGUCAAACAAGAAGCGAUGUUAUUAUAUACCCCUUCCAUGUGUCCGCUGGACUGUGAUUGGUCGUUUCGAAUCAAGUUCCCGGGGCGGGGAGAACACCACGUGGGGAAUUCAUCGGUUUAGUUCAUAGAAUAUCCUCACUACUUGUAGGAUUUUCUAUGGUUUAGUUGUUGUUUUAAAUUUUGUGGUUAGGUGUGUUGUAUGUGAAUACAUUUUUCAUCAGUGCUGGUUUUAAUAGUGCCAACGAGGUUUGGGUAGCCAAAAUGUCAAGUUUGGAAUACUGUAAAGCAUUCGCAACAACUGGAAGGUCUUCGUGGAAAAACGUGCACAACUGUAAACUAUGUCCAUUUUUUACAACUUCGUUUUUUCUUAUGAUAAACCACGUGAGGCGACACCGUUCACCAAUCGAAAAAUUCACCUGUGGAAACGCCGAAAUCGAAGUGUUUUUUUGCAAAGACUGCGAUUUUAAAACCGAACUAACGAUUCUGUUCAAACAACACAUUAUCAAACAUCAAGGAUCCAAAGAUUUACCAAGUGAGGACUUCGUCGUACGAAACUACGUUUGCGAAAAAUGUACUUUUGAAACAAAUCUCUCGUUGAAGUUACUUCAGCAUUCUUCACAAUGCACAGGAAUGAAAAUCAGUGUCAGCAAUUCAUGUGAAACUAAAUCCAAAAUUGAAGAUGGUACAUGGCACAAGUGCGAAAAUUGUCCUUUCAAAACUAGAACAAAAAAGAGUUUAAAACACCACAUGAAUUCCUUUCACUUACAGGGAGAAGAUAUUAAGUGGUACGAAUGCAAGGAGUGUCCAUUCAAAACGAAAUCCAAAAGAUAUUUAAGGAAUCACGUAGCUGCGAACCAUUUAUUAGACGACCAAAUUAAGUGGUACGAAUGCGAAGAGUGUCCAUUCAAAGCUAAGUUGAAUUUAACUUUAAGGAGACACAUAAGCAGAACUCAUUCAAAAAUUGUGUAUGAAUGUGAAAAGUGUCCAUAUAAAACUAAAGCGAAAUAUUCUUUAAAAAGACAUUCACUGACCCAUUUGGAGAUAAGAUCGUAUCAGUGCGAGUAUUGUCCAUACAAGGCGAAACGCAGCGACCAUUUAAAACUUCAUCUAUACAACCGUCAUUUGAAUGGAACGGACGUUGAAUGGUACCAAUGCGAGCAUUGUUCAUACAAGGCGAAACAUCGUGUCUAUUUAAGGAAUCAUACAAAUAACCGUCAUUUGAAUGAAACGGACGUUAAAUGGUACCAAUGCGAGCAUUGUUCAUACAAGGCGAAACAUCGUGUCUAUUUAAGGAAUCAUACAAAUAACCGUCAUUUGACUGAAAUGGAAGUUAAAUGGUAUAAAUGCGAACUGUGUACAUUCAAAACUAAAGAUAGGAAAAGUUUGUAUAAUCAUAAAAAAACACACGUAUAG